AUGAGGAGUAUUCUGUCCAGGAUCAAUUGGGAUUCUGAGAUGAGACUUUCUGGCGGGAGUAGAAGGUGGAUCGAGUUGCAGGAGGUGAGGGUUGUUUGGGAAAAGCCUGCGUCGAAGAUGUAUUGA